AUGACAGAAUGUCACGGAAACAACAAAGGACCAAUGUCUCCACCACAAACACCCACGGAUCUUUCAUUCAUAUUAAACCCUACUGAGAGUUCGAGUAAGAAGGAGGAAACCACAGUCAGACGACGUCCAGACUGUGGGGGUCGUCGCAAAAAUCCAUACCCAAUGCGAUCGCCUAGUAAACAGCCAACAAAAGGGCUUCAUCAUCCACCCACUCCACCCGCGACAACUGUAUAUGGUCUAUAUAAUGAAGACCCCCGUGGAUUUUUAGAGCGAAAUCUAAAAGAAUUGAAAUUUAUUGAAGACCCUCGACCACACUCUCCAAGACCAAUUCUGUCUGACGAAGAAAGGGAAUUGGAACAAGAACAGAAAAAGCUUUCACGCCGUCGCACUAAAAAGAAGCGACCGAUUCCAUACGAUAAAGUGCAACGAAAGAAGAAGUCAAACAGUAUGGCACGUGUACUCGCCGAUCGUGCAUCGAUAUCGGUAACGUCUUCUCACAUCUCAUCUGACCACAGUUCGAAUACAACUUCAUCGCCUCAAUCAGAAAACGGUGAAACGUUUACCGAGGGCAUCACAUCAACGUCGACACGAGAAAGUGCUACUGUCCGUGUAUCCAAAGCUCCUGCACCUCCAGCCAUGGAAUGGCACGAUCUGAAAGCCGCAAUCGAUAACUUGGGUUUAGACCAAGUACGUAUCAAUGUACAGAAUCAUGGAAUUACUUGGAAGGGAUCUCCUUUAAAUAUCACGACAUUGCCGCAUUACAACUCCAUGCAUCCUUCCGAAGCGUCUGUGGCUUCAGUGUUGAGAUUAACCCCAUUACAGUAUUUCAAUGCUAAAUAUACGCUCGUAUCGACUGCCAACAGAUAUGUACAGAGAGAGCAGCCGUUUAGAAAAUCAGAUGCGCAAAAGUUAUUACAUAUUGAUGUUAACAAGGCGAGUAAGUUGUGGGAGUUUUUCGUACUAGCGGGUUGGAUUAAGGCGGACGAGAGAGAUAUAAUGAGAAGAAAGUAA